CCUCCACUUCCUGAGUGCUGGGGUGACAGGCAUGUGCCAUCAUGCCUGGUUGUGUGGCACUAGGGAUGGGACCCAGGGCCUCUUGUAGGCUAGGCAAGUGCUUCACCCACUGUGCCAUGGAUCUGGCUCCAUGUCUCUUGAUUUUGGAGACAGUCUCAUGUGGCCCAGGGCACCCUCAAGCUCCCUUUGUAGCUCAGGCUAGCCUUGAACUCCUGGUCCUGUUGUCUCCGCCUCUGGAGUGCUGGAUGACAGGUGUGCAGGUGUGUGCUUUAGAUCCUUGCUUUCUUUAGACUUUCUGUCACAAAGAUGACUUCUCUGUCCUUCCCAGUGCAUGCCCUUGGUACAUCUUCACUGUUUCCCUGAACUCCUGUGGACCAGGCUGGCCUUCCUGGAGGAGGAGAUGGGAGUGGGCCUAGGGUCUACCAGGUGAUGGCAGGGUGUCCCCAUGUCCCCUGCGCACACUUGCUAUGGAACCAACCAGUGGCUGGCUCUGGCCUGAGGCCUGUUGCUUAGCAACAAGACAAACAGAACUUGGUAGGACUCCAUUGCCGUCCUAAAAGUGCCACCUGGGCCCCCAUCUCCUCAUGCAGCACCCCAAAACUCUCUAUGUCCCCACCACUCCUCAGGAAGGCUUCAGCCCACAGGGCCUGGAGGGCACUGAGACGCUGGGCAGCCUGUCAGCUCCCUCCUGCCCAGAACCCCUUCCCGACGUGGCCUCCACGAACCUGCUGUACCAGCCCCCCAACCCGGACAAAGAGGUGUUUCCAGGCCCUCCAGCAGGCUUCCAGAUGGCACCGUGUGGGUGCUUCUUCGACCCCCGCAUCUACCGAAUUGAGUGGGCUGCCACUGACUUGGGACAGUCACCCUUAUACAAGCUGACGGUGGUUGGGGGUCCCACCUCACCUGGCAGCUAUCUGCGGGAGCCCCAAUCCUACCCGAAGGCCCCAGAUCCACCUCUCCAGUACCCCCACUAUCAGCAGGUGCCCAGCGGGCCACAGUAUCUUAUGCCUUAUUAUCCACUGGAGGAAACCGGGCCUGAAGCUCUGGGUUUCAUGGGGGAUGGGGGUAUCCCUACCUUUGUGGAGCUAAUGAAAGAAGGCCAGCCACCCCCACCACCCCUGAAAGAGAACAAGCCGUCCCCGCUCCUCAUCUCACUCCCCACCGAACACACACUGCCCCCUCAGCCCUUUGGCCCUCUCAAGGCCCAGGGCAGCCAGUUCCCUGGGCCCCAGGCAGCCGCCAGGCCUGUUGAGGCCUCCCAGGAACCUCGGGGUGGUGGCGAGGCCAGGCCAGGCCUGCAGUUCCCCUUGGAGGCUGUGGAGUCCAAGGUCACUGGGGCAGAGGCUGUCCCACUGGAUGCAGCCGAGGCCAAGGUCCCCGAGGUGGCCCGGGAUUUCCUGCUGCCUGACAAGGUUAUGCUGGAAGAUGCCAUGAAACUCUUCGACUGUCUGCCUGGUGGCGCGGAGCCCGAGGCCAUCCCAGGCAGGGUCCCUGGGCCAGUUCUGCGGGACAGUGGUGGAGGUGGGGAUGACUCCACGUGUGACAUCCGGUCCCUGCGCCUGCCUGAAGAGCUGCUGUCCUUCGACUACAAUGUGCCUGAGAUCCUGGACACACUGGCCAAUGUGGAUUACUUUUUCAAUUUCAAGACCCUGGACGACGAGCCGCCACUCUGCUCGGGGCCCCCUGUCACAGACACAGUGGCUCCUGUCCUGCGGUCCAACCCUCCACGAAAGAAGAAAGCCACGUCUUCCAGCAAGAAAGGGAAGCUAGGAGGAAAGACCAAGCAGGCUCCCAGCCUGGCUGGCUCUGCCGCUGCUGGGGCCCAGGCUGGACCUGGGAGUUGUCCCUCAUUAAAAUGAUUUGAUAUCUCA